GCAGGUGGUUUUGAAAUGGGCAGUUGUACAGGACGGCCUUAUAAGGGUCAGGAGGAGCCCAUGGAGCAGCUAUCCAAUCAGUCAGCAGUGGGUAGUGAUGAGGUUACAGAUGAAAGUGGAUCUCUGCUGGAGGAGAGGCUGAGCUUGGAGGACGAUAGCUUGGAAGCUUUGCCUCAAUGUCUUGCUGUGCCUCAAUCUCCAAUUCCGAGUUACAAACAAAGGUUGGAUGAGUUUAAGAGGAUGUUCAAGGAGCUGCCGGAAACUGAAAUGCUCAUAUUAGACUAUCCCUGCGCCCUCCAGCGGGACAUUCUCCUCCAAGGACGCAUGUACCUCUCUGAGAACUGGAUCUCUUUCUACAGCAAUGUGUUUCGUGGUACCAAGAUUAUACUGCCUCUCAAAGAUAUCACAUCAAUGUCCAGAGAGAAAAUGGCUCGACUGAUACCCAACGCCAUCCAGAUUUGCACAAACACCGAGAAGUAUUUCUUUGCAUCUUUCUCUGCAAGAGAGAAAAGCUAUCAGAGCGUUUUCCGCAUGUGGCAGAACACUCUGCUGGACAAGACUCUGACAAGCCAGGAGCUGUGGCAGAUGGUUAAACAGCAUUAUGGCAAUGAUUUGGGCCUGACCAAUGAGGAGAUGGAGAUUUUACAGGUGUCACCAGAAUUCAGUGGACAAACCAGCCUGCAGCAGAAAGCUGGCGGUGGUGCUGAUGAUGGUCUCAGUAGACCAGAGCGGCCCAACAGCCUGCGCCUCCCUGUGGCAGAGAAUGCUCCUUUGCAGAGCUCCACACCUCAAGGGGAGGACUUCCCCUCACCAAUUGGCUCACAAAAGACCCCCAACACGGACGAAUCUCGUAGCACCCCGUCUCAGCAGCGAAGUCCUCUGGGUCUGUCGUUGGACAGACAAGUCCCAGAGCGGCUGUCCAAGCGUUCCAUGCAGUCUCUGGACCUUAACGCCAACGAGAAUGAGUCGGAGCAAAGCAGCUCUGAAACCUUUGAAGAUGUGGAGGACCGAAUCGCAAGGUCCGGGGAAACGGGGCGACUUUAUCUCAACAAGAUUUUUCACAUUAGUGCCAACAAAAUGUUUGAGAUGCUCUUCACAGACUCCAGCUUCACCCGCAAGUUUAUGGGCAUCCGAAGGAUAACAAAUCCUAGCUUUACACCUUGGCAGAAGGACGAUUCAGGAAAUGACAGGCGGAACCUAAACUACACCAUAACCAUCGAUAACCCCCUGAUAGGGAAGUUCUCCACUGCUACUGAGAAACAGACUCUUUACAAAGAAUCCAGGGAGGGUCAGUAUUACCUGGUGGAUGCCGAGGUAAACACUCAUGACGUUCCCUACCAUGAUUACUUCUACACACACAACCGCUACUACAUCAUAAGCAUCUCCAAACGCAAGUGUCGACUAAGGGUGUACUGUGAUGUGAAGUACAGGAAACCCCCAUGGGGUCUAGUCAAAUCCUUCAUUUCCAAAAACUCCUGGAGCGGCAUUGAAGAUUAUUUUAGACAGUUGGAAACUGAGCUGAUGGAGGAGGAGGCAGAGAUGAACCAGUCAGCUGCAGAGUCGGGGAAGCUGGGAGGACUCCGCAGGAGGAGGCGAACUUUUAGCCGCACCAUAUUGGAUCACAGAAGGCCCAGCAAGCAGUACGGACAGGAUCCUGAGCCCAGAGACGGAAACCUGGACCCAGCAGAUCUGACGGUCCCAAACAGUUGGAGCACUGCUGCCAUAGUUGCUAGCAUGAGUUUCAUCCUGCUGAUCCUGAUCGUGCUGAAUCUAGGCUUGUUUUUUAAGCUUUGGGCCAUGGAGGACGUGGCUCACCGCAUGUAUCUGACCACGAAGCACCGGCUUAGGGAGAGGAUGGAGACCAGCUUUGGACCACAGUUUGGUCCCAAACCAGGACCAGGGUUCAGGACCAAUGAAGACAUGCAGCUGCUAAAAACUGUGCUGCAAGACUCCAUUCAUCUUCUAGAACAACUCCGUACCUCUCUGGUUGUGCUCCAGCAGAACUUUGCUAUGGCCAAUCGAACAGCAACACAACAGUGACCUCGUCCACAACCGACUGCACACCGGUGAGAUCAUGUUCGCAUCUGAGCUGAACGUCCGACAGCCUGCUGCAGCAGCCUGCCUCAGAGGAGACCUGGUAUCCACAGCUCUGUUGCUCCGCUUGCAUCUCCAGGCUCCAGACGUGCCACAUGUUGCCGGGGCUGCAAGCCAGCUCCACAUGAUAACUGUUAAAAAAGCGCUGAGCUUGCAUUUGGUGAGCAUCGAGCACCAGACGUAAACUUCUUCAGGGUUCUCUCCUUUUUUUAUUUUUAAAGCAGUGGCAUUAUAAUUCUGUUUUUACCCAGAGCAAUGCCACAUGUAGGUAACUACAGUAGUGUGAAUAUUUAUACUUUUUGUUUUUAGCUUUGGUACGUGCAUUAUUAUUAUUUAAGAAUUUUAAAUUUUGCACAAGUCUUGUUAAUAUCUCUUGAUCUGUCUUGAUUUUAAUAAAAACUUUUGAAUCAGUGACUCAAUCCUGAAAGUAUCUUUGUUAAAAUUAUGUAACAGUUUUGGUCUACAUUUAAUUUUGUAUUUCAGGGAUUGUAUGUUUGUGAUCAUCACACACCGGGUGUAUACCACUGUUUAUAAUUUAGAUUUAUUUGUAUGCUCCGAUUUUGAAUAUUUAAGAGAAAACUCAUUUUCUUAAACUGUUGUUGAUGCACAAUACCAUUGAGCCAGGUUUAUUGUUUACAACGUCCUCCUGGAUGUUAAAAGGACCUCAUAGGUUCAUCCAGUUCUUCACAGGCUGUUUUCUUUCGUACGCUAUCUCUCCUUUGUACAUUAACAGGUUCAGGAUUCUUUUUAUUUUUUUCCUUGUCACCCUGUGUCACCUUUUUCAGCUAAUAUUUGUUCACUCCUUUGCAUUUGUCACUACUUAAGAGGUACUUUUAACUUGAACACUAAGUUUUUUUUUUUAAAGGCUAGCUGGACUUUACAUCCUCCUUGAAGGGGGAAACAAUAAAUGAUUAAAUAAAACUAAA